AUCUUUCCGGGAUAAGAUGGCGGCAACGAUUGCAUUGAGGAGCAGCUGCCGAGCAGCCGGGCGUUUGCUCUGUGUUCACCAGAUAAGGCUGUAUAAUAACUUUUGUUUGCUAAAGCAAAAAUACAUUUCUGAGUUUGAGAAGACUUUAUGGAGGUACCAACAUCAGCAUCGAUCAUUUAGAACAACUGCUGCUUCACAUGGCCAGAUUGUUCAGUUCAAGCUCUCUGAUAUUGGAGAAGGAAUCACAGAAGUGACAGUGAAAGAGUGGUAUGUAAAAGAAGGUGAUGUUGUGUCGCAGUUUGAUAGCAUCUGUGAAGUACAAAGUGAUAAAGCCUCAGUCACAAUCACCAGCCGUUAUGAUGGCAUCAUUAGAAAACUCCAUUAUGGGUUAGAUGAAAUUGCCCGUGUGGGGAAACCCCUGGUGGAUAUAGAAACAGCUACUUUGAAAACUGUAACUCCUGAAGAAGAUGUGGUUGAAACACCUGCUGUGUCACGUGAAGAGCAGAUCCACCAGCAGAUCAAAGGCCAUAAGACCUUAGUAACCCCUGCUGUUCGCCGCCUUGCUAUGGAAAACAAUAUUAAGCUGAGUGAAGUUGUCGGAACAGGGAAAGAUAACCGUAUUCUCAAAGAAGACAUUCUUAACUACUUAGCCAAGCAGACUGGAGCAAUUUUACCUCUGUCACCAAAACCUGACAUCAUCACACCUUCAUCAAAACCAGAACUUACUGUAGACAUGUCAAAAGAGAAGGCCGCAGGAACUCUAACACCUCUUUCUAAACCCGUAAUUUCAAGGAAAGAUACAACAGUGGCCUUAUCUGGAUUUCAGAAGGCAAUGGUGAAAACUAUGACUGCUGCUUUGAAAAUUCCUCACUUUGGUUAUUGUGAUGAGGUUGACCUCACGCAGCUCAUCCAGCUGAGAGAAAAGUUGAAACCUUUAGCACAAGAACGGGGAGUUAACCUCACUUUCAUGCCCUUCUUUUUAAAGGCUGCUUCUCUAGGCUUAUUACAUUACCCCAUUCUUAAUGCUUCAGUGGAUGAAAACUGCCAAAACAUCACAUACAAGGCUUCUCACAAUAUUGGAAUUGCCAUGGACACGGAACAAGGCUUGCUUGUCCCUAAUGUGAAAAAUGUCCAAGCCUGUAGUGUGUUUGAGGUCGCUUCAGAAUUAAAUCGCCUACAAAAGUUGGGCUCAGCUAACCAGUUGGGAACAAAUGACCUCACAGGGGGAACAUUCACACUUUCCAACAUUGGCACAAUUGGUGGCACUUAUGCAAAACCAGUGAUCCUACCUCCUGAAGUAGCUAUUGGUGCUCUUGGAAAAAUACAGAUCCUUCCUCGAUUUAACAGUAAAGGUGAGGUGUUUAAAGCACAAAUAAUGAAUGUGAGCUGGUCAGCUGAUCACAGAAUCAUUGAUGGUGCAACCAUGUCUCGUUUUUCUAACGUGUGGAAAUCCUACUUGGAGAAUCCUGCUUCCAUGCUGAUGGAUCUUAAGUAAAGAAGACAAACAGCUGGAUGACUUAUUUUAAUUCCGAAACUGCAAUCAGGCUAGUUAAGCUAGCAAGUGCCAUUAAAAUUAACUUCGUACUUCAGAACUGCAUUGUGUUUGCUAGAUCUUUCAGAUCCCUGCUCUGUAUCUUGAUUAUCUGUUACAUUUUUGUCUAGCUGAAUUGCUUAGCGGUAAAUUGUUUGGCUAUAAGCUAUAAUAGGUCAUUGACAAGGUGGCAGAAACUUAUAGUGACAAAACGUGCUAUAUUCCACUGUUAGGGUAUUAUCAAAUGGAGGCUGCUAACAAUAUUUGUGGGAUUCUUAUUUGAAACUGCUUGCACUGUUCACAAAAUAAAUUACAACCUGAUUAGAAAUGAGAGUACCUGGAUGAGACACUAACGGAGUGUUAGCUAUUUCUUAUGCAAUUAAUGCACUACAGAUAAUGUUCAAAUAAAAUGCUUUUAAUGCUUAUUUUAUUAAAGAUA